AUGGGAAGCACAUCAUCAAAGUUCCGUAAACAUCUCAGUAAUGGGGACGAGGUAGCAGCCUUGAAUCUCUACAACAGUCAUAGCGAGUUAAGGAAAGCCCUUGAUCCGAACUGUUCCUAUGGUGACUCGCAUCAGCAUGAAACACCUCUUCACUACUCUGCACGACAUGGCAUGAAAAGUUUAUUACGGAUAUUUUUACGGGAACUAGGAGGAAAUCCCAACAAGACAAAUGGACGCAAGGAGACUUGUCUGCACUGUGUGUCUAUGGAGAAGCCCUGUCAUGCCCAGUGUUACCCUGUACUACGCAAGCGAGCGGAGUGUCUGCAGAUGCUUCUCAACUGGAGAGGAGCUACUCUUAAAGAUGGAGAGGUUGAGAAGAUUGACUUAGCUGCUCAGGAUGAGGAUUUGAAUACUGCAUUACAUCAUGCUGCCGCCUCGGGACUGAAGAGAUGUGUUGAGAUGUUGGUAGCUCAUGGCGCUCCAUUGUUCACGGAAAACAAAGAGCAGUUAACACCCUGUGAUUCAGCAGAGAGAUUUGCUCACACUGAAAUAGCUACUUACCUGGAAUCCAAGAUGGUGUUUUCUGAUAAUGAUGCUAAUGAUGUACCUAUAUCAGAAAUGUUACCUGUCGUGGACUCCGAGGAGUAUAGUGGCCUACGAGCCCAAGAUCUCCAGGAGGCCAAGGACCAACUGUUGGUGGAGACAGCCGACAUGCUCAGCGUGCCUCUGUUCACCGCUGACGCCCUGUUACGGAACCACGAAUGGUCCCGUGAGAUGCUCCUGGAGGCAUGGAUGAGCGACCCAUUAGCCUGCUGUGAGAAGUCUGGCGUGACCCCUCCCCCAAGUCUGUUUUCCGACCAACCCCAAGUCCAGGAGUCCCUGACCAGUCCCGUCAGCUCAGAACCUCCUAGUCCUGAUACCAUGUGUGAUAUCUGUACUCAGUCGUUCCUGUUGGAGGAGGAGCCUGUACAUAUGUCCUGUAAACACCAGUUCUGUCGCUGCUGCUGGAAAGAGUACUUGAACCUGAAGAUCCAGGAAGGAGAUGCCCAUCAUAUUACCUGUCCUGGCUUUCAGUGUGGAAAACUUGUUCCUGUAGAAAUCAUAGAGAACAUUGUCUCUCGGGAGAUGGCACGUCGCUACCUACAGUUUGACAUCAAGGCGUUUGUGGACAGUAACCCCAGCAUCAAGUGGUGUCCAUUCCCGGGAUGUGGUCGGGCUGUCCGCCUACCAGAACUGGACGGUAACAACCAGACGCCGCGACAGCUCCCUUCUGACACGUCGCGGGCUGUAGAUUGUGGUAACAAGCAUUACUUCUGUUGGGACUGUGGAGGUGAAGCCCAUGAGCCAUGCAGCUGUGAUAACUGGACCAAGUGGUAUAAGAAAAUAGCAGAGGUCAAACCCGAACAAAUGGAUGGUACAGAAAGGGACACAGAGUCGGCAGCUAACUGUCUGUGGCUGGUCACAAACUCCAAGCCUUGUCCCAACUGUAAAUCUCCUAUUCAGAAAAAUGAGGGUUGCAACCACAUGAAGUGUUCCAAGUGUAAAUUUGACUUUUGCUGGGUGUGUUUGGAUCAAUGGAAGCGACACAAUUCAAGUACAGGAGGCUAUUUCAAGUGUAACCGAUACGAGGUAUCGAAGAUUGUAGAAGAUAACGCCAACAUGGCCCAGUCAGAUGCAGAGGAGAGGAAUAAGAGAAUGCAGGAACUGAACAAGUUUGUCCAUUACUACACUCGCUUUAAGAACCAUGAGAACAGCUAUAAGUUUGAGGAGCCACUGACCAGUUCUACAAAAACAAAGAUGAUGAAGUUAGCCGAGGCUGUAACAGAUCCAGCAACAGCCAAUGCGGAGACCAAGUUUGUAGAAGAAGCUGUUGAGCAGUUGCUCAAAGCACGACGGGUGCUCAAGUGUUCUUACGCCUAUGGUUACUAUCUCGAUGGACCUGGUUACAAAAAGAUGGUGUUUGAAUUCAUGCAGACCGAGCUGGAGGAAUGUGGCGAAAUUCUAUCCCAGAUGGUAAACAGGCUGUAUUUGAGGACACCUAGGAAGCGUAUUAUAGAACAAGCCCAUGUAGUCCAAAGGAAGCGCCACGAGUUUAUAGUAGCUAUAUCCAAAGGACUGGUUCCUCCAGAGACACCUCCAGCACUCCGAAAACACCGGAGGCGCAGAUAUAGCAUGGACUAUGAAGAUGAGGAACUGCGAAAGGCCAUCUUAGCCUCGAUACAGGAUGUCGACCCAGCCAAUCCAUGGAUAAAGGAUGCGUCUGGUCGCCAUACCAACGUAAUGGCUGUUUUGGACUGGCCUGACAGUGAUGACUCGGAUAGUGACGGACAGACAAGUCAGAGAAAACAAGGUAAAUGUGCACGGGAAGGGUGUAAUAGGUUGGAGGCCAAGAACCCUCGGACAGGAGAAUGGCACCAGUAUUGUAGCCGACAGUGUAUGAAUGCUGUCGCCGUGGAGAGUUCUGACCAGUCAGAGCCUGUCCAGGAGGCUAUACUUGAUGAACAGAUGGAUCUACUCAGAGCCCUGGAGAUGUCCCGUUUACAGUACCUUAGAGACCAGGGUAUAAUUGCAGAUCUAUCCUCUACUACAGCUAGCUUAUUGGACUCCCCUGGAGCAGCUGAGGGUGGCAGCCCCGUCCCUGGGGAAGACAGCGCCCUCCCCUCCCCACAGAAACAGAGUAAGACUCUUCCUGAUAUCGCCCUGCUGCCCAAAUCUCCGAGGGCAAAAGGUAAACAGACAACAGACAAGAAAGGAAAGUCCCCCAAAUGGUCCAAAGAUGAGGGACCACAGCUAGGAAAACCAAAUAGUAUGACAGCUAUGGAGGAGUUGGACUUUGAGUUACAGAGAGUACUUGAGCUGUCCGCCAUUAGUCCUUCUGAUUUGCCUCCUGAUGCCAAAUUAAUGUUGCCCAAAAGUGCCACACUAACAGCCCCCGUGUCACCCCAACAACCACGUCAAAUGACACCUCAGGAGUCACUUUCUCCCUAUGCUCAACACCGCCGUAAGAAAAGUCAGAGUCGAUUUGAUGAGGCGACAUCCACAGUGGUGAGUCGAGUCCCAAACAAGAGUGUGGAAGACCUACUCCAUGAUGACUGCAGCAUUGGGUGUAGAGCUCCACCACCUUCUCUGUCUACUCUGUCUUCAGAGUCUGACUCACCAAGUGAAAGUAUAGGGACAAUAUCGAAUGU